ACUCCACCGCUGGACGAAACCAACGGGAUGUUUUUGGGAACUCAACACAGAAUACGAGCAGAGAUAUCUGCGCUUAGCACGGCAGUGGGAGGGCUUGAAUGUGACAGGACUAAACGUGACAUUUUUUAUCUCGUUGGAGUUUUUUCUCCUGACACGCCGAAAACAUUUCACGCAAACGGUGUGAGUGUUUGCCGCUGGCAGCGCGCGCUGUCAUUGUUGUGUCUUCUCUGCCUCGAGCAGGUCGCGGAUGCUGCACAGACGGACAUUUGUUUAGCGAAAAAAGACGCAAAAAUAGAUCUUCCGGACGGCCCGUUAACCGAGUAACUGAUGCUCCGCGCCGGCAGGAUGGACGAGUUUGUGACCGAGGAGGAAGAGCCGUGGUACGACCAGAGAGACCUGGAGCAAGAUCUGCAUCUGGCAGCUGAACUGGGUAAAACCCUCCUGGAGAGAAAUAAAGAGCUGGAGGACUCACUGCAGCAGAUGUACAUCAACAAUGAAGAGCAGGUGCACGAGAUCGAGUAUUUGACCAAGCAGAUGGAGAUGUUGCGUGAGAUGAAUGAGCAGCAUGCUAAAGUGUAUGAGCAGUUGGACGUGACGGCUCGCGAGCUGGAGAUAACCAAUGAGAAACUGCUGCUGGAGAGCAAAGGAUCUCAACAGAAGAUUGACAGACUGACGGCCACUAUGGAGAUGCUGCAGGGGCAGGUGGACACGCUCACGGCUCGCGUGGAGGAAUUGCGCACGCUGGAGGAGCUCCGAGUUCGCAGAGAAAAGAAAGAGAGGAGAAAAACUGUUCACUCUUUCCCCUGCCUGAAAGAACUCUGCACUGCGCCCAGGUAUGAGGACGGUUUCAUGGUGUCUUACCCGGGCAGUGGUGACCUAGAGGAAGAAUGUCAAACAGCGGACGAAGAAAACGAUCACCUGCGAGUGAUGGUGUCAUCUCUACGUGCAGCUGUGGCAGCAGAGCGAGGUCGGCGUGAGGCCGCCGAGCGGGAAUGUUCUGCGGUCAUACAGGAGUUUGAACGUUUGGAACAGCGCCUCCAAGGGGAGGAAAACUGCCAGCGACGCGUGCACGAGCUGGAGGCGGAGCUCCAGGAGAUGCAGCAGCUACGCAAAUCCCGCGUUUGCCUGUUGAGCGGAGACGAGGGGCUGGAGCAAACCCUGCUCAACAGCGCCCCCGAGACAGACACGCCAGAGGAUGCCGGUAUGGGCGGAACGCAGAACAGCGACGCGGCGGAUCCGGCCCCUGUCCGGAAGAGCUGCAGUGAUACAGCUCUGGAUGCCAUUUCUGCAGUGGACGCCUCGGGCAGACGGAAAGGUAGCUACGCGCUACACGCCAAUGGCGUGCGGAAGAGGGGCAUGUCCAUCCUGCGGGAGGUGGAUGAGCAGUACCACGCACUCCUGGAGAAGUACGAAGAGCUGCUGGGGAAAUGCCGGCGUCACGAGGAGAGUCUGUGCCACGCUGAAGUGCAGACCUCUCGGCCCGUCUCCAGGGACCCAUCAAUGAAGGAAUGCCGGGCGGCAGAGCCCCAGCAACCGCCCACUCCGCCCCAGACGCCCUCAACCCCGGAGGCCCUGGAGGGCAUCAGCCGACAGGUGGAGGCUGUGGACAAGAGGCUCAGCCAGAACACUCCCGAGUACAAAGCGCUCUUCAAGGAGAUCUUUUCCCGCUUGCAGAGGACGAAGGGUGACAUUAAGUCCAGCAAAGGGAGAAAAAGUGAAAAAUAGCCCUUUUCUGCCCCUAAUGGUGGUGCCACCGAGUUUUUUCCCUACUUAUUUAUGUCUUUGUUUUUCAAAGCCUCGCGGAGAUGACCAUACUGUGUAAAAUAGCUGAUCAGGUGUUUUCCUGAAUGAUGCUGCCACUUUCUGUUAACAGGAGAUGUGUCUAAUGUUGGUUUGUGGGGUUUGGCCUUUGAGGAUAAAUCGUAUACUCACUCUUGGUUACUGUAACCAUAUUCAUCCACAGGUAUGUCAGGCAAGUGAUGCUCGUUUUUGCUUUCUCACAAUCUUAUCACAUGUAUGACACUAUCAUGAAUAACCAUAGCGUUGUGUAACCACUUGAAUUCAAUAUUAAAUCACACUUUGCUUUA